AUGGAUUGGGAUUGGGCCGUCGGCGGCGUGAACAAGACUGUGCCGCGCAACGCAGGGCCGGAAUGCGCCGGAUUUCUCCACCCCACGUGGCGCUACGUCGACACCGCUCUGGUAAUCGUGGUGUCCGUCGCGCUCGCUAGAUGGAGCAGCGCGCAUCUGACCCUGCCCACGGCUGCGUACGUCAGAAGGGACAGGGGCGGCCGCAGGGCCCUGCUGGUGGCCAUGUGUGUCGUGUGGGGCAUGGAGAUCGGCUACAAGUUCUCGUCUAGAACUGUGAUAUAUUUACUGAAUCCUUGUCAUGUUACUACAGCAAUACAGAUAUAUUUAUUAGCGGUUUCUCCCAGCAAAGCUGUAACUGCAGUAUUCAGAUUCCAUCUGAAUCUUCUAAAUGGGCCGUUCUUGGCAUUCAUGUUUCCAGAAACAGAUACAAGAAUUUUGCCUUUGGAGACUUCCAUAUACUGGAUUCAGCAUGGAAUGAUGUUUGUUGUGCCUUAUUAUCUGUUACGAUUGGGGGGAGUUUAUAAUGUCGAGGAAUUUAGCGACUUCAAGUGGAAUGCUAUAAGUUAUGCAAUCAACCUACUCUAUCAUUUUGUAAUACUCCAAGCAGUUGCCAUACCAACAGAGGUUAAUCUCAACCACAUGCUGUGUCCAGCCAUUUUGGAUCCGUUCGAAGGGCAAUUCUAUAGAUUGGCGGCAGUUUUGCACCAGGCUUUCUUGUGCCCUACGCUGUGCAAACUGUUUUGCCUAGUAUCCGCCUUUUUCCUAACAAAGUGCAAAGCCACCAAAGUGAAAACCACCCUGUGUUGCGAAGUGGCGGUACCCAAUAUCAACGGAGAUACUUCAGAUCUGGAACAUCAUCAUGAAGAAUAA